CCUAUACGUCAGUACUUCCUGUUAUCAAGGUAAGCUUUGAAACGGCACGGUAUUUGAUUUUAAUUACUACAUACGAACUAAAUUAUUUAGUUCAUUAAUUAUUAUAAAAAGGUUUAGUUGAAAUAAAAUAUUGGUGACCACCCUCCCUCCUUGUUAUAUGUUAGGAAGGUUACUAAUAUUUUAUGCAAAGUUUUAAAUAAAAACAUUUUUCAUCAUGCUUACGACAUGAACUCAUGAACUUACUUAUUUAUAUUAGUCUUUAGUGUUAGAAAGUGUCUAUUGGCAGUUUAGUGCCAAUAGUUAAUAGCUUCUAGUUAAGGCAGGGAAAUAUUUGUAGUAAACUACCAAUAGGUUCUAGAGAGCUAUUGGUAGUCCAACAAUAAAAUCAAACAAAAUCAGAGCUUUAAAAACCCGCUAUCAAUGACGCUAGCGAAGUAUUGAAUAAUUUAAUAAUUUUUUUAUUGCUUGGUUCAUUUAUUACUAAUUCAUACUAGUGAUAACACUUCGGUUUCGGAACUCAUUAUAAAGUCUACAGUACAGUUUUAAUGCUGCUGCUGUAGCCUUCCUCAUGCUCAGAUUUGGCUAUGACUAUAUAAUUACAAUUUAUGAUAUAGACCUAACAUUAUAGAUAGAAGAUGUAUGGGCUAUUUAUCAUUAUAAGUAUAAGUGGUUUUAUAUAGUGUGAUGCCCCAGCCUAGGGCUGGGCUCACCAAGCUGUACAUACAAUGUAAAAAACAUAACCAUGAACUUAAAAUUUAAUUAACAUACAUUAAUGAAAUAAAACAAAAGUAUAUUUAAAACUAUUUACAUGUAUUGUGAAGCAAUGGACGACACCCAGCAGCAGCAUUUUUCGGUCAGAGGGGGGAAUCAGUCAGGAUAGUAGAUUUUAAAAAGAUGUGUUUUGAGUGCAGUUUUGAGGGCUGUGCAGUAAAAAUAAAAUCCAACGUAGGCCUACAUACUUUAGAGUGAUUUCAGGGAUGUAAUUAAAAAUAAAUUGUGACUACCAAUAUCUUUAGACUUAGUCAAUACUGCACUAAUCAAUCUAUCACCAAUUGAUAGUUUUUUAUAUUUAACUACCAAUAGCCACCUAGAAGCUAUUGGUUUUUUACUACAAAUAGCUCCCUAGAACUAGAAGCAAUUGGUAGUUUACUACCAAUAGCCACAGCCAAAUUAUUAAUUAAGUCUAAGUAAGACAGGGCACCUAGACGUUACAUAAUUUUAAAUGUACUGGUCCUGUCUUUUCAUUUCAAGCCUUAACAUACUUAACAUUACAUUUACAUAACUUUUAUUUUAAUCGUUGGUAACUUAAGUAACUAGGCAUAAAUAAAAUAAUUAAUCUCAUUAUUUUGCUCUACUAGUCUUACAGUUUAAAAAAAAAUAUUAGAUUUAGAUGCAUUAUAAUUAUUAUCUAAUUUGGACCAUGGUAUAAUAAAAUAAAGAUAACUGAGUUAAUAAAUAUCUGUGCAGUUUUUGAGACGAUUGUCAUGUCAUAUCAGCUGAAUAUCAAUAAUUAUUUUUGGGGUUAUUAAUUGACAAUAUGAAAGGGGCAAAUAUAUAAAGUUAAUUAUAAUAAAAGAUGCCAAUGCCCCUUCAUUAUAAUUAUAUUUUUUACCAUAAACUUUAUUCAGUAAUGCUAAUGGCGACAUCUGUUAAAAUGCCCUCCCCUCUUCAACCCAAAUCCAUGACCAGACCAACCCAGUGGAAUGAGGAGGUUGAAGAAGCUUACAGGUUUCAGUUGGCUGGAUACAGGGAUGAAAUUGAAUAUAAAGAAGUCAGACAAACUGAGCAUGUGAGUAAUAAAAAAUGAUAGCCAUUCAAUUUUAAGUAAAAUAAUAAUUCACAAAGUAUAAUUAUAAUUUGUUUAAUCUACACUAAACACAACAAAUUUUAAUGGAAAAACUGGUUUUAUCAACGCUUUUAGAUGAAACAAACUGUCAUUUUGUUCUAUUUUUGAAAAAGUAAAAAACUGUUUACCCUAGAUUUGAAACAGUAAUUGGCAACUAUAUUAUUAAUAUUAUUAUUGUGUAUAAAUGGAUACAAAUUUGUUAUUUCUCAUACAAAUUUCUUUCACAAUGCACAUUUGUACUGUUUAAAAACUUGUUUUCUAUAGACUUGCAUAUAUCAUCACAGAGGUUUUUGCAAAUCAUUAGGCUUGUAGAGCAACUUUCUAAUUUAGUUUUAAUCCAAUGCUGAAGCUGAUUUUUAAACCUUUGGCUAAGACAAGUGUUAUCUUUUUAACUACUAACAUUUUGUAUAUAUCCAAUAUAUUUUUUACUGUACCAUUAACCAAGUAAUUUCAUCUUUAGUUUUACAAAAUGAAGAAUAAAAAAAAUUCUAAAUGCAUGCAUUUUCCCCCCUAUCUUUGGAGUUUUUGUUGGCCUAUGGACAUGGCCUGCUUUUGGCUUAAUUUGAUGAUACUAGAAUUAUUUUAAUAUUUAAACAUGGAUUGACAUUGUAAUGAUUGGGUGCCUUUGUCUUUUCAAAUAAGUAGCAAACUCUUGAAAGAGGUUGUUUUCCAUAUUAUAUUCUCUUUAUAAUUCAAAACCUUAUUUUCUUUUAUGGUGUAUAGGUUGACAGAUGGCCACAUAAUGGAUUUAUAAAGAAACUGGUACGUCGAGAUGGAUGCUUUUACUACUACGAUAAAACUCGUGAAUGUCCAGACAAGCAAAUAAACAAAACAAAACUUUACGCAUAUUAAUUUUGUGCAAGCCAAUCUAAGUCAACCACUUUGAGAAAUAUUUUGAUUCACUCGAGUUUGGGAUUUUCCAGCACUGUAAAUAAAGAUGUUCAUGCUUGUAGCAAUGGCAGCAUGCCUGUUUGCAUAUUAUUUUAUUUUUUGUCAUGAAGCUCUUAUUGCAGUACUAAUAACAUUCUUAAAACUAUUUACCAACAUUGACCUUUCACAAUUUGAAAUGGUUUACAAUGCAUCAAAUUUUUAUUUAUGAUCUGAAAAAUCAUGAUUAUAUUAGACAAUUUGCCUUCCAAAUGUCCUAUGUUGGAAAAAGAAGUUUCUAAAAAUGGAAUGUAUAAAAUAUCUGCCAAUUAAAGCGAGAAAUCUUUUAACAAUUUUAAAAAGAGUUUCAGUUUUAAGUGUGACAACUUUUUACUGUCCACAUCUUCAACAUUCUAUUUUACUUUAAACACUAACGCUGUAUAUUGCUGUCACGUCUCUAAUUAGUAGUUGUUAAGAAUUUAAAAAAUUGAUUAUAGAGGUUAGCAAUUUUUCUCGCAUGGGCUGUCAGCCAAAAAAAUGCCUGUAGGAUUUUUAGUUUGAUACAUAAAUUAUCCACCUUUUGUAAUUCAAAAUGCCUUCUAUGGCUGCAAUCUGUCUUAUUUUAAUAUGUAUCUAUAUUUUUAAUUCAAAGACUUAAAUACAUUAUUUUUUGGGGACAAAAACAUAAACCUGAUGAUGAAGCCAUCAUGAAGUCAUGAUAUCAGCUUUUCAUGGUUUAUGAAGUAAGAGCUGUACAUAAUUAAUGCAAAUUUUCUUAAAUAAAAUGCUUUUAUUUAUUACAUUCAUUGAAUAAAAAAAAUAUGAAUGUUUGUCAUCUGUGGUUUGUUCUUUUUUUAUUUGUUUAACUAUCAACAAUUCUGAUUACAUUACCUCUGAAUGUUUCUACUCUAUACUGGUAAACUAGGAGCAUUAAUCUCAGCAAUGAAUAAUAAUUUUAAAAAAUAAAAUAGAAACAUGACUGGCAUAUCAAUUUCCUUUUUAAAGAAACUUGCUCAGCUUAUUUUGAUUUUGAAAUAAGCUCAUGACCUGUACUAGAAUCUAUGUGGAAAUAAUGCUAAUCAAAGAGACUGCUGUAAGAGAGCUGCACUUAGUCAAAUGUUUUCCAAAUCUAGUGAUAUGCUUUCAACUUUUCCAAAACACAUGGCCAAAUGGAAUAUAUUUCUAUGAUUUUUGCUUGAACUUAACAGUGAAACUUAAAAUAUCUUCAUUAGAAAUAGAGCACACAUAAAGAAUUUUAAGUCAAAUUUGUUUCUAGAAA